UUUUUUUAACAAGGGACAACAUCAGUUGAAACACCGAAUAGUAUCAUCAUGGCUGCCGCUGAAGUUGAAUAUGAUCCUUCACUUAAAAACAUUAUUGACCAACAGUCCUUAAAGUGGGUGUUUGUCGGUGGAAAAGGUGGUGUUGGGAAGACAACAUCCAGCUGUUGUUUAGCUGUUGAACUGGCUAAAGUACGCGAUACUGUUCUGAUCAUUUCCACUGAUCCAGCACACAAUAUAUCUGAUGCUUUUAACCAAAAGUUCUCAAAGGUACCUAGUCAAGUACAUGGGUUCCACAAUCUUUAUGCAAUGGAAAUUGAUCCUAACCUUGGAUUAUCUGAACUCCCUGAGGAAUAUUUUGAAGAAGCUGACAUGAUGAGUAUGGGUAAGACAAUGAUGCAGGAGCUACUUGGUGCAUUCCCUGGCAUUGAUGAAGCAAUGAGUUUUGCUGAAGUUAUCAAGUUAGUUAAAGGAAUGAACUUUUCAUGUGUUGUCUUUGAUACAGCGCCUACAGGACACACUUUGCGCCUUCUCUCUUUCCCUAGUGUAGUUGAGAAAGGACUUGGAAAACUACUACGAAUUCGCAGUCAUUUUAGCCCAUUUUUUUCUCAGGUUGCAAGUCUGUUAGGUAUGCAAGAUUUGAAUGCUGAAGAAAUGACCAAGAGAUUAGAUGAUAUGCUGGAGACUAUACGGAAUGUGAAUAUUCAGUUCAAGAAUCCGGAUCAAACAACAUUUGUGUGUGUGUGUAUUGCUGAGUUCCUGUCUCUGUAUGAAACAGAGCGAUUGGUUCAGGAGCUAACACGUUAUGGCAUCGACACUCAUAACGUAGUGGUCAACCAGCUACUAUUUGUGUCGAAAGGUGAGGAGGCGUGUAAGAUGUGCAGAUCCCGUCACAAAAUACAGUCCAAAUACAUCGAUCAAAUCCUUGAUCUAUAUGAAGAUUUCCACAUCACCCAGCUACCUUUGAUGGAUGAGGAAGUACGAGGGGCUGAAAAAAUAAAGAGUUUUUCCAAAUAUCUCAUCACCCCUUACAUACCACGAUAACAAUGCAACCACAGCCCUUUCAACUUCACAAUAUUGUGUUCCCUCUCUUUCUUUCUCCCCCUCUCUUUUCUUUCAGUCUAUUUAGCUACCCUAUGUCUCUAUUCUGUCUCUUUAUCUAUCUCAUUGAUUCUAUCUGUAUGUCACUAGCUAGCUACAUCUCUAGCUAAUUGCUCUAUUACCUUCCUCUCUGCAUAUCUUUUAUUACUUUUGCCCAGUACACAAUAAAACUAGAUUUGCUCCUGACAGCUGUCUUCAUAUCAGCUUUUCUCCUCUCCCUCUCAUUCUUUUUUUUUUUUAACCUUUUGUACUAUUCUUGUUAGGCUUCAUUAAAUUAAUGAAUAAGGCUCUUGUCUUCUGGAUAAUGGACAAUUGUAUUCAUAUCUUAUCACAGCCAUUAUAUUUGGACAGAAAGGCUUAAAUCUGCCUUAAGGAAUCACAAGUAAUUAUUAAAAUUAUUAAGGCUGGGAAUUUGGUGAUGUAUUCUUCUUAAAAGAUUAUUUAAUUGUGGGGAUUACCUCACCUUUACAGGUGCUGAAAUUAUCAAUAUUUACUGGGGAAAUGUGUGAUAAGUUUGCUUGAUGCUUUGAUAUUUAUUCUUUAAAUCUUUAAAAGCAGGAUCUGUUUUUGCCUUUCAUUUGACCGGGAUCAAUAAAACAGUUAUUAGCAGCAUA